AUGUCUAAAACAAAUAUAAGAAGAUAUGCAAUGGAGGAUAUAACAAGUGACCAAGAAUCAAAAAAGUUGAACCAAAUAUUUUUCCAAACACACCUCAAAAGAGUCUACCCAAUUGGGUUCGAGAAAUGUUCUUCAUCUUCAUCCUCGUCUUCACUAUCAUCGUCACUGUCACAAAAUUCAAAUGACUCGGAUUCGGUGAAUUUAGCAGACGAAAACGUUACAUUACCGCAGCAUUUGAUUUCACCACAUCAGAGAAGAGAAAGUGCAGUUGUUAAUACUUCACAGCAACAACAAAAUCUACAUGCAACCAAGCUUGGUGAUUUAAAAAGAUGCAAUUGGAUCACAAAGAACUGUGAUAAGGCAUACAUUGAAUUUCAUGAUGAGUGUUGGGGAGUUCCAGCUUAUGAUGACAAAAAACUGUUCGAGCUGCUUGCAAUGACGGGAUUGCUGAUAGAUUACAACUGGACAGAAAUUCUAAAAAGAAAGGAAGUUCUAAAACAAGUUUUUGCUGGAUUUGAUCCAAACAUUGUUGCCAAAAUGGAGGAGAAGGAAAUCAUGGAGAUAGCAUCAAAUAAAGAACUUUUAUUAGCUGAUUCAAGAGUUAAGUGCAUAAUAGACAAUGCCAAAUGCAUAAUAAAGAUUAUGAGGGAAUAUGGAUCAUUCAGUAGCUAUAUAUGGAGUUAUGUGAAUCACAAACCAGUGAUUAACAGACUGAGAUACUCAAGAGAUGUUCCAUUAAGGACACCGAAAGCAGAAGCCAUAAGCAAGGACUUAAUAAAACGUGGUUUCAGAUUUAUGGGUCCAGUGAUUGUUUACUCUUUUAUGCAAGCUGCAGGAUUGACAAUAGAUCAUCUUGUUGAUUGUUAUAGGCACAGAGAAUGUGUGAACUUAGCAGAAAGACCAUGGAAACAUAUUUAA